AUGAAUAUGGUAGCAAUUUUGAGCACGUUUAACCUCUUGCACACUAGUUCUAAAGGCGAGCUAGCAACUAAUCCGCUCGGAUCGAUUAGACGAGCAUAUGCGCAGAGAAGGGCAAUCUUUGGUAAGCCUACAUACGAGGCGGAGGUCGACGAGCCGGUUAUGAUGAAGUCCUCAAAUAUGAGAAGACAAUGCGUUUGCUCAACAAAACACUCCUGUGACCGUGGACCACCGGGUCCUUCUGGUAAAAAAGGAGAAGAUGGACUGCCAGGAGAAGCUGGAAAAGAAGGCCUUAAAGGCAUGGAUUCAGUUGACAUUAGCGCUCAAAGAAUCUUUAUGGGUUGUUCUAUGUGCCCACCUGGACCAAAAGGAGUGCAAGGCCCGGAUGGACAAUUAGGCACACCUGGUUCAAAAGGUCCACGUGGAAUACAAGGCUCUCCGGGUCGAAAUGGUACGACAGGGUUACCUGGAGACAUCGGUUUGCCUGGAAAGCCGGGAAGGAAUGGUAGGCCUGGUCCAGUUGGUCAUUGUGGACUAAAUGGAACUUUAUCAUAUUCAAUGCCAGGUCUAAAAGGAAAGAGAGGACAGCAGGGACGCACUGGAGAACGUGGUGAAGAUGGACUAGACAAUAAUGAAAUAGGUGAGAUCGGACCAGAUGGCCCACGGGGAGAACCAGGUUACUUAGGGCCAACUGGACAAGAAGGAGAGCGUGGGCCCAUAGGUCCAUCAGGAUUAAAGGGCGCUUCACAGUGCCAAUGCAAACUCCUCCUUGGUAGAAAUGACUCCCACUACACCGAACCCUCACACAAACGCCAGUCACUGCAGGAGCUGAGUAGCAAACAUCAAAGCAGUCACCCCGACGGAGUAUUACACGGACUAGCUCACAUAAGCGUCGAUAUACGAGAACCUAUCGUACUUAGUGAAAGAGAAGAGAUCACAUCUCAGGCGUCGUCUGAAGAAAAUUCCGUAUUUCGUGGAACAAAGGCUGGAAACAUUUUUAAUCAGAGGAGAAGAUAUAUUGAUGAAAUGUCGGGACAGGUUUCUGAGCAGUCAACACCCACGAUAUCGCCGGAUAAAGUCAGAAAGAAAGAAGAAAGUGUGGAAGAGAAAGAGAUUAAGAAAGAAGGAAAAGAGGAGAAAGAAGAAUACUAUAGUGAUUCUGAAGAAGAAACAGAAUCAGAUAAUGACCCUUCUGUGAAUACGACUCCAGCUACACAGAACAUUAGAGAAACUGUAUUGCUAACAACUGAAUCAAGUAGUUUGUCGACAACACAGGCGACCAUAACGGACAAAACUACAAUAGCAGCUGCGAAAAGCACUUCUUCAGUAACGAUGACAGAAAAAACAGAGACAACAUUGAAGGAAACAUCAUCACGUUCUGAAUCACAUACUGCUGAAAAAGACGACUUUUAUGAAACUGUUGUGCUUAUACCCAGAAAGUCAAGCGAAAUAAUCAGGAAGCAAAAACUCCUUAGUUUUCUGAACAACAGUGGUCGAUUGUGGACAAAUCCAACACCACCACCAAGUCCUCCACGAGUACGUCUUUACAGUGGUGAAGCCAAAGAAGCUGAAAAAUCUGUCAGCAACAGAGAGAUUAGCAUAGCAAAAGUGGAGGAUCUUCGAACUAAUGGAAAACCUUGGGCAGUCCAAGGCAAACCUGAGAUUUUGAGAUCGAGCAAAUCAAGUUAUCCGACAAACGCAUUCACCACCAUGGAAGUACAUUCCGCCGCUCCCGAGCAAACCCACCAGCGAUUACUAUUCGAAAGAAGGAAGAAUGCUUAUAGAGAUCAUAACGGAAAAACCAGACGGAAGUUGAUUUAUGACAUGAGACUGGAGGAGAUUCCACAGAACGCACUUGGAAGCGAGCCACGAGGAGCACACAAGCCAAGAUUUGCACACUCUAUUGUACCUAACGUAAAUGGCAAAUUUAAUAAGGUCAAAAUGGUGCCACGCAGAUCGUUCGGUAAACAAUUUGAACGGGAAAGAAGCAACUGGCAUCAACCACGUUUAGCAAGCAGCUACCAGAAGUUUCAGAUCAAUACGUUGCCACUAUCUAUGAAUGAACCAGUGAGAAUCGACAAGCUGCAUGAGAGGGUUUACGUCAUUGAGAAUGAAAUGAAAAGUCAGGCUGGAAGAAAGUUAGAGGCAAGCGUUAAAAACAAAGAAGCUAUUGAGGAGGAGAAAAGUGGUUUUCAAAAGCAGCGCGUGGACAGCCCAGGAGAACUCCUGGGAAGAAACGAAAAAAGUGACUCUAUGAGGAAUAGCGUGAUAAAUGAUCAAGUCAAUGUACAACAGAAAAACUAUGUUCGUACAUUUGAUAGGAAUCCCUACUUCCCAAGUCGAAUAGACACGAAGUACGUAGACAAGGUCCUAGAAGACAAUUCAGAGGUAAGAUUUCAGAAUGCUAACACGAAUGUUGCAAGUUAG